UCCGCCGCGAGCGGCGCAGGGCGGCCGGGCCUUGGGGACGCAGGUCGGGACUGGGCGUAGCAGGCCGGAACUGGGCCGCGUUCCCGGCGGGGGCGGCGAGCUCGCGGAGCUGGGAGGCCGGCCGCUGGACUGACAGCGCGGGACCCACGCCCCCGACCACGCCCUCGCCGGCAGGCCUUGGUCGCAGCAGCCCAAGGUGUGCGCGGCGCAGGGGCGGUAGUGGGGAGAGGGCGGUGGCGAUCUGUUAGCGCAGGGAACUGGUCCUCCGUGAGUAGCAGGGUCACUGUCUUUCCUCGGCCUCUUCUUGGCCACGCCGUGGACCGGCUUCCUGCUUCUCGGCUUGCCAGCCUCGCUGUGUCCUGGUCUCCGAGAGGGCUCCGCGGGUCUGCCCCGCACGCCUGCCUUUUUCCUUCCAGCUGGAAGGGGUCUUCAGCUCUCAGAAGAGCCAAAGCGUCUUGGGAUCUAAGUGGGUAAAAACGAACUGUGAUCGUCACCCUGGCCAGGAGGGCCUUCAUUUGGCCCAAUGGCUGCACCCCCGCUGGACCGUCUGGUGCUAACCCACCUGCUGGUGGCCCUCUUUGGCAUGGGCUCCUGGGCUGCUGUGAAUGGAAUCUGGGUGGAACUGCCCGUGGUGGUGAAAGACCUCCCCGAGGGUUGGAGCCUCCCCUCGUACCUUUCUGUGCUUGUGGCGCUGGGGAACCUGGGUCUACUGGUGGUGACCCUGUGGAGGCGGCUAGCCCCCAGCAAGGGGGAGCGGGUCCCCAUCCAGGUGGUGCAGGGGCUGAGUAUGGUGGGCACAGCCCUACUGGCCCCUCUGUGGCAUCAUGUGACCCCAGUGGCUGGGCAGCCCCACUCGGUGGCCUUCCUGACACUGGCAUUGGUGCUGGCAUUGGCCUGCUGUGCCUCUAAUGUCACUUUCCUGCCCUUCCUGAGCCACCUGCCACCUCCUUUCUUGCGAUCUUUCUUCCUGGGUCAGGGCCUCAGUGCUCUUCUGCCCUGCAUACUGGCCCUGGUGCAGGGCGUGGGCCGCCUUGAGUGUCUGCCUCCCCCUGCCAAUGGCACCCCUGGGCCCCCAAUCAACUUCCCUGAGCGUUUUCCUGCCAGCACAUUCUUCUGGGUACUGACUGCCCUCCUGAUCACUUCGGCUGCCGCCUUCCAGGGUCUCCUGCUACUGCUGCCUCCAUCACCAUCUCCACCUGCAGGGGGCCCAGGGCCAGGCCUGCGGGUGGGGACACCAGGAGCGGAGGAGGAGGAAGAAGAGGAGGAAGAGGUGUCACCAUUGCAGGAAUCCCCAAGUCAGGCAGCAGGCACCCUUGGCCCAGACCCCAAGACCUCUCAGCUAUUCUCAGCCCGGGGUGCCUGCCUGCUGGGCCUGCUGGCUGUCACCAACGCGCUGACCAAUGGCGUGCUGCCUGCAGUGCAGAGCUUUUCCUGUCUGCCCUAUGGGCGCCUAGCCUACCACCUGGCUGUGGUGCUGGGCAGCUCCGCCAACCCCCUUGCCUGCUUCCUGGCCAUGGGCAUACUAUGCAGGUCCCUGGCAGGGCUGUGUGGUCUCUCUCUGCUGGGCUUACUCUUUGGGGCCUACCUGAUGGCACUGGCAAUCCUGAGCCCCUGCCCACCCCUAGUGGGCACCUCUGCAGGCGUGGUCCUUGUGGUGUUGUCGUGGGUGCUGUGUGCAGGUGUGUUCUCAUAUGUCAAGGUGGCGAUCAGCUCCAUGCUGCACGGCUGGGGGCGGCCAGCACUGCUAGCAGCUGGUGUGGCCAUCCAGGUGGGCUCCCUGCUCGGUGCUGUUGCCAUGUUCCCUCCCACCAGCAUCUAUCACGUGUUCCACAGUGGAAAAGACUGUGUGGACCAGUGUGGUCCCUGAGCCUGGGCAGGUGGGACUCUCCUCACACCCGCCAACCUCCAAACCGGUCUCCACCUGGAGACUGCCACAGUGCCUGAGCACCUGCUGCCCAGGGAGGUCUCCCACCCAACACUGACACAUUCAUGGACACCUGCACACUCCACAGGAGCCCCUGGCACUUCAUACCAGGGUGGGGACCAAAGAGCAGGCCCGAAGCCAGGCACAGGUUGGGGCUGCAGGCUUGGUCCUGGGCCUGGGAACUUCAUGGGAUUUGCACAAUAAAACAUCUUUAUCCAGUGGACAGUUGUUAAUCCCAUGAGCACCUCUUCCUGUGAGGCUAGUCCUCUCCCUAGCCUGUUCAGUACAGACUACUUUUCCACAGGGGCUUGGCAUAGUUUCUGGGCUGGCAUCCAGUCAGGCUGCUCUAAGAUGCUGGGGUCACCCCCGGACUUCACCCCACAUAGUUUAGAACUGCCCUGGAGGCGAACGCCAGCUCCCAGGGCCCAUCUGUAUGGGCCCUACAAAGGGCUGCUGGUCUCGGGCAGUGUGGAGUCCUCCUGACAGCAGGGCCACUGCUCCAUAAGCAUCUCUGAGGCAUGAGGGUCAGGUGGGACCGGGCUGUGACCUGCAGCAAUCCCUGCUGCCUACUUGUGGCCUGGGAACGCAGCACCUAUCCACUGGUUGCCAGCGGUCUGCUGCAGGGUCCAGGCAUUCUAGAAGGGGCUCAGUGAAGGGAACUUAGAAAAGCUAGGGUUUAAGGUUCUGACCCAUGUUGGUCCUUCAGCCUGACAGUAUCAUCUGCCCACCCUGAACCACCAACUUCUGGUGGAACCUCUAGGUGGGUGGCUCAGACAGCCACCAGAAGGUCAGGGGCAGUUGGGGGGAUUGAUUCCCUUUGCAGGGUCUGACAUUAGGAUGUGGGGUGGCAGGUCGAGGUGAACUUCCUCAGUCACCUGUGCUGGUAAAUGGAGAAGAGAGGCAGAGGGACCAGGACAGGUGGGUGGAGUUGGCAGCGCAGCAGGACUCCAGGUCCCACACUCUCCUUCCCUUCCAGCACUCUGAUCUCUUCACCUGUCUACCCUGGACUGAAGGCUGCUUGGAGCCACCUCCCAGCUCCUUGUGGCCUUCCUUGCCUCAGGUCAAGGAUCAGAAGCAUUCCUGCAGCCUCUGCCCAGUGGCCACAUGUGAGGUUGUUCAGGGUGUGCCAGCCCUACAGACCCCAGAGGAGCAAGGCCCUGCCUGACCCUCUAGACACACAUGGUCUCUGAAAGAGGGGGCAGGUGCCCAUGAGCCCAACCACCCUGGUCUGGAGGUAGGCCGCCUGAGGAAGCCAUAGUGCUGAGGUCUCCAGGGCUUUCAGGUCCUAUUGUAGGAAAUGGGACAAGGAUCAAAUAACAAGGAGAGAAGGAGAACAAGCCCAGGCCAAGAAGGUCCCAUCGAGCCAUGGCAUCCCUCAGGAGGCAGGACAGCCCCCACACUGGGCCUGUCUAGGUCAGGACGGGGGUCUCAGACCUGGACCUGGGGCUGUGGAUGAAACCCUACAGGAAAGGCAGCAGCUAAGGCAGGACACAAGGCCCAUGUUGCCUCACCCACCACCAAGAAGAGUCCCCUCAGGUUCUCAAAGCCAGAGAAGGGCCAGCUUGUAAGCUGCCCCAUUCCCAGGUGUGUGUGUGGCCAUCGUACCUGACACUGAGCCUGUGAGUGCUGGGCAAGGUUCAAAUGGCUUUGAUUGAGUGACUGAGGCAGGACCUUCAGUUCUGUGACUCUCUGCCCAGAGAGGAUCUGGACAGAG